AUGCUCGGAGGAGAUCUCGCUAUAAUCAGAUCUGCAGCUGAAAAUGCCUUUAUAUUCAAACUGGUAAUAAAACAGUCAACAGUCCAGAAUUGGGGGGUCUGGCUUGGAUUCGUACGCAAAGCCGACAAUAAAUUUUAUCGGAUUGAUGGCACUGCAAUGGCAAAUGGUUACACGGCUUGGGGAAGGGGCGUGCCGAACAACGUGGGGGAAAAGCGUGGAAACAUGUUCGGUAAAGCAGAUUGGGCUGGAAAGUGGAACGACCUAUUUUGCUCAGUUGUUCCAGACAACCUGAAGUAUACCCCAGUUAUACUUUGCAAGAAAAAAGCAAACUAA